AUGAGCUCCUGGCAGCAGGCCGUGUCGCUGGACCUCGCCAAGGGCAAGAAGCGCAAAGACAGCCUUGUGGUCCUCAACGGCAACCAGCAGAAGAACCUCCGCACCGGUCGGGAUGAGUGCGACAUGGCAGAGUGGAUCUGCGAUAACUGCGAUACCGCCAUGCCAGGAUUCUACCAGCGGUGCAGUAAAUGUGAGAUCCUCCGGCCGGAGCAGCGGGCAACCCGCCGAGAGCUUCGGGCCAAAGAAGGCGAGAUUGGCCGAGGCGGCGGCUGGAAGGAGCGCCAGAGCGAGGACGAUCGCCGAGAGUGGAACAGCGACGGAGAGGAGUACGACGACUUCGGGCGGAAGAAGAAGCGCCGGUCGGGCGACGCCCCCGCUGCGAAAGUGCCGGCACAGAGCUCCAAAGGCGAUCGGCAACAAGCUGCCCUGGAGCGCCUGCGGAGGAAAGGCCGCAAAGACAACGACUGA